AUGUCGUUCAAUCUCGGUCCUGCUCUUUUUAAGUACGCUGCCAGGAGUUACAUAAACACCCAUCCCCGUAAUCUGCCGAACAUUACCUCAAUGAUCGCCGUUAAUCAGAUCUCUCAGAUCACCCUCUACCCUUCCCCCUCUUUUUCCUUCCCCCAUACUUUCCUCGUCGCUCAGAGCAGCGCCGCGGCGUUGUCCGCCUUCCUCUCUUUUUGGUACUGCGUCCCACUCUCCACUAGGAUGCCCACCUGCCCCCAGUGCGAAAAUCGAUAUUUUAGCAACAAGGAGGCCCUCCUGCAACAUAUGAAGACAUCUUCAGCGUGGCAUCCGUCUUGUUCAAUCUGCGACAGAAGAUUUUCAUCAGUGCAGGCAUACGACGCACACAUGGAAGCGAAACAUCCUCCAACAUACGACUGCACUGUUUGCAACCGUCCGUUUCAUGCGCCAUUUGCGCUAGAGGACCACUACCGCGGAUCUCCUUCUCAUCCGAACUGUUCCCGGUGCGGACGGGGAUUUAAGGACACUCCUGCCUGUGAGGAGCACCAUCGGACGGCUCACCCAAAAAUUCCGUGUGCGCUAUGUGGAGGAAAAAGUGUUUACGAAGAAGAAUUAAACCGUCAUUAUUUCGAGUCACAGAAUCAUCCUUCCUGUACACAAUGUGCGCAAGGAUUCAAGAAUGAUUCUGCGCUCCGCGAGCACGUCCAAGCGCAGCAUCCAUUGUCUUCGCUGCAAGGACCUCCUGCCGCCGCUUCGCCAUUUCUCCCAUCAAACACACCACCAAUGUCACCACCACGGGUUGAAGGCCCUGCCCCCACUCCUGUCGCUUCUAGCUCGCUUGCCGUCUUUUCACAAGAACUCUCAAAACACAGAGACACCACUCUCUAUAGCACGGGAUUUACGCCCCUUAGUCCACACAAUCGAUUCAAGGACCUACUCCUCGGUGAAAGACGAAUCGAUUCGCCGGAUCUCCGUCUUUCAAUGAGUUAUGCAUCGCCGAUCAACGAGGUACAACCUCCCUUAUUCAGCCCCACCGGGCUGCCCCCUCCUGGGCGAGAUACGGACAGAUUUUGGGCCUCUCAUCAAAAUAUUCAGGUGCCUGCGGCAUCUAAAAUACCCCUCCGCUCGCCAGAGAGGACCAUCACUCGCCCAAAGUCACCCACGCACUGGCCAAACAUGAAUUUCGGAGACUCGCCUCCUCGUGCUCAACAGGUGUCCGUGAUUCCCUCACGCUUUGGCAUCCCGUCGCCUCCCUCUUCUGCACCUGCAACCUAUCGUCGCGCUCCAGAUUCGACAACCUCCCUCCUUGAUGAAACAUUUUCAUCAACUGGUUAUGUUAGCGAUACCCUAUCAUCUUUCGGAGAUCCAGCUCCGUCUAGAACAACGAGCGUCAUAUCUCCACGAUUCUCAAGGUUUAAUAGUAACGAGGGAAGGCGAAUCGCGCCACCCCCCGAGUUCCACCCACGCCUUUACCCCGGAAGCAUUCGUGCGCAAGGCUGGCGGAACGGUCAAAAUCAUAAUCAGACGUACCCUGCAAUAGGGAUGCCUUGGCGUAGUCGUCCACAGUUUUCGGAACCCGCGUUAGAUUCGAGGUCUCUGAUCGUGAACGAGGAUGACGAUAUCGACCUGAAGUUCGAUAGUAAUUUGGAGCUUUCAUCUGACCUCCCAACGUCCAGGGGAGAGACGCCUGUGAACCGACCAUUGGAGGACCCACCUGCUGGCGUAUCCUCAAACUUGCCCGUACCUCCAAUUAGUUACAAUAUCAUUCCGAGCAGCGAGUGUACGAGUCCGCGUUCACCUGAUGUUUCGUCUCCUGCUGGGCUUGCGGUCCUUCCGCAAAUAUCUCCUCUGGCGGCCACUCCCGUCGAUCUAAUCAAUUUCGACAUCCCAGAGGCACAAAUGCCUCUUCCAGAGUCUCCCCCAGUGGCGUCUCCAGUAACAGUUAUUCUGGACAUCGGUGCUGGAGGUCUUACCUCAUCGCCAUCAUCAUCUUUACAAAGCUAUACGACGUCUCCACAGGAGCUUGAAAUUUCUCGUUCAUCGUUUGAUGUCGAAGUUGGCACACCGCCACAGCCUUCACCGAUUUCGCAGGUUCGCCCGUAUAAUAAUAGAGCUUGGAACAGGGAGGAGACCAAAUCUGAUGGUCCUACGCCUUCAGCUACGAGAGCUGGGACUAUAGAAGUCGAACCGUCAAGCAGCAUUGCCUCUCACGACCAAGAUUCCGACGUACCAAGGACCAUGGAGAGCUCCGUGACGUCCCUUCCGACAACUUCAUCCGCCAACCUUCUCCAUUGCCGUGCCUGCAAAGCAGACACAUGCGAUGAUAUAACGGCCACCAUGUGUGGCCAUGUAUUUUGCAACCGGUGCAUCGUAGAUGCCGUUAUCAAAACUUCACGUUGCCCGUUGUGCAUGACACCCACCCUUCUGUACUGCCUCUUCCGACUUGACUUGAACACAUGAGAAUUAGUUGGCGGCGAAGAAUUUGUGGGCAUUCAUAUGAUCUUGAAGUUGAGAUCUUGUUGGACAUUUCUUAAUGACAGACAUGCCUUGUAUCUUGUAUCUUUUUUUGACUCGCAUCUUGUUACUCUUGUAUGCAACAUCACAAUUGCAUUAAGGAUUAC